AGCAUUUCUGACACAACGAUAGCACUGUUGGCACCAGGCAGUGAAGCCACAGAUGCUGCACGGUGGUGGGAGGGUGAGUGUCCUCUCAGACGGUGGGCCCAGAGCUGUCCUGCUUUCCACAGGCUGCUCCAAAAGGCUCCUACAAUUGCUGCAGUCAGCCACGGUGGACUCCAAGAACUCACCUGAGCCUUGCCAAGGUAAAUGGGAUACACUGGAGCCAAGAGUAUCUGAGGGACUCGAAUCACGAUGCUUGCAGUAUGGAUCACUACUCUUUUUCUUCUUGAUGCAGCCAAAGGAAGGGAGGUGUGCUACAACAGGCUUGGAUGCUUUACUGACAAUCCCCCUUGGUCCGGGAUCCCGGGCAGAGAGCUGGCAGGCGUGCCCAGCUCUCCAGCAGCUGUGAACACUAAUUUCCACCUUUACACUAGGGACAACAUCAGGAACUACCAAAAAAUUUCUGCUUCAAAUCCCUCAACUAUCAAAACUUCAAACUUUCAAGCAUACAGGAAAACUCGCUUCGUUAUUCAUGGCCACCUUGCUGGAGCAGACCUGCCCUGGAUAGCAAGCAUGUGCAGAUUCAUGCUUCAUGUUGAAGAUGUGAACUGCAUUCUGACUGACUGGAGAGAUGGUUCCAGUGGUUUGUACACGGACGCAGUCAACAAUGUCCGCAUUGUGGGGGCUGAGCUGGUCUAUCUUGUGAACUUGCUUGAGAAAGACUAUGGAUACUCUCCUGCCAACAUUCAUUUCAUUGGCCAUAGUCUUGGAGCACAUGCUGCAGGAGAGGCAGGGAGACGAAAACCUGGCAUUGGAAGAAUAACAGGUUUGGAUCCAGCUGGACCUCUUUUCCAGUACACUCCCCCAAUGGUUAGGCUGGAUCCUUCAGAUGCAAAAUUUGUUGAUAUAAUUCACACUCAUGCUGGCCAUCUCUUCUUUGACUUUGCUCCUGGGAUUCUUCAGACUUGUGGCCACCUGGAUUUCUACCCAAAUGGUGGGAAGAAAAUGCCAGGAUGCAGGCAGCUUCGUGUACCUCCAGCAGUUCGGAACAUCAAUGACCUUAUGAGAACAUAUAGAUCUCUUGGAUGUGGACACAAAAGAAGCCUCCGGUAUUAUGCUGAAAGUAUUAUCACUCCAAAUGGAUUUGUUGGCUACCAGUGUGAAACAUACCGAGCUUUUAUAUCGGGAGCCUGCUUCCCAUGCCCGAAGGGAGGAUGCCCACUGAUGGGUCAUUAUGCUGAUGUGUUUUCUCACAAAACUGAAAAAGAACAUCAAAAGGUUUAUUUAAACACAGGACCCCACUCUCCAUUUGCUCGCUGGCGAAAAGAGAUACGUGUCAAACUAUCUGCAACAGAAACCAUGAAGGGAAAUAUAGAUGUAGCCUUGACUGGAACUAAUGGGAUCAGGAGAAAAUACACAAUUGACAAGGGAACUUUCAAGCCAGGGAACACAUACUUGAACUAUAUUGAUACAGACAUUUCUGGGAACAUUUCAAAAGUUGAGUUUCGGUGGAAUAAGCAUCUAGGUCAUGUACACCAAGGCUGCAUGGGAGCAGAAGAAGUCAUAAUAAUAUCUGGGGGAGAUGGAAACGUCUGCAUUCUGUGGCCGUGGAUCCGUGCAGCCGAGCACAUGGCAGACCCUGAUGCUUUGCUAGGGCUGGGGGACAAACGGCACGGCACUGGCUAUAGAAAACCAUGUUACUUCAGCCAGACUUUUGAAGCUCCUCCAGCACAGAUUGAAAAUUUACAGUUCCUAAUACAAAAUCUGUAUUUCAAAAUCAGUGUUGUCCGCUUGUAUCCAAACAGGGGAGCUACACUGCCUUUCCUCCCUGAAGAACAUCAUUUUAGCAACACAUCCAAAAGACUGCUUAGGAGCUGGAACUGCGUACCAGGUUGCACAGUAUCCUCUGAGAAACGCAACCAUCACAGAUUGCCACCUGUCAAGUAGGACAGCUGAAUGCACAGCAAAACAUUUGAUGAUUGCCAUUUUCAGUCACCUGCUCUACUGAGCUCUGCUGAUGAGCUGAGGCUCUUUCUCUGUACCUGGAAUAGGUACCACCUUUACGUACUACUAAUAAGGUACUAUUAAGGAUACUGAAUUUUCUGGCAGCCUUCAAAUUAACAGUUUUCUUUUUACCAAUGAAGCUGAAUUUUCCAGCUGUACUUCGCCCUUCAAAAGGGCCAAGACCUUUAAGACCUCCCACGGUUUUAGGGAAAUUAUCUUGGAAAAAUAUUUAGGAUCACAGUUAUUCUCCCUGUGUAAGGAACAUACUAUAUCCUUUUCUGAGAUACAAAACUUCCCCAUGUGGGAAUUCUGUUGAUGCUGAAGUUAAGCCUGAGCUGCAGUGUUUGCAUAUAAUAUUGCCCUCCCAAAUUUGGGAAUGUCUUGAUUAGAUUAUUUAACAAAAUCAGGCUACCAAGACUAUUUUUGGUUCAGUGUAAGCUUCCCACAAAAUUCCUUUUGGAUUUUGUUACCCGCUGUGGUUUAAGAAAUACAGCUAAUUGUUAAACUUUGUAAUAGGUUUGUCAUUUGGGCACAGAAAUCCUAUAUGAGAAUCAUGUUGGGCAAUGCUGCUCUGUCCCAUCCCAACAACUGGCUAUUCCAGAAUAGUUCCAAUGAGGUUCACCAGAAGGUGUUAAUGAGAUGAGUUACACAAGGCUAAACAUGAGUGAUAAACAGGUGUGUUUUAAAUUAAGGAGCAAUAAUUU